AUGGCCGCCAUGGUCUCGACGCGUCGUAAUCGUGGUUCUGAAAUCGAACUGUGCUAUGCCUCGCCAGUCACCACCACCGGUGCCAUUUUGCCUCCUCCACCGUCCCCUGCACCGUCUGCGGCAUGGACUCGUGAUGGGAGAAAAAGAAAGACCAGAAGCUCCAGUGACGAUUCUGGCGAGCAGCUUUUGGAUGAGAAGAUCUCCGGACAGGAGUUUGAUCCAGAGCCAGACCUCAUUCCAACCGUGCUUGUCCUGGCGGUAAAGCAUGAGCUUGAUAAGAAAUGGCUCCAAGCUUGCAGAAAGAUUCGUUCCUUUCUCAUGAGUGAGAAUUUGGCAGGAGUCUCUGUCGAGAUUGCAGAUUCGCGAGCUUUCGAACCUCUCCGAUACUCUCCGGUCCUCCCAACGGAUCUCAUCUAUCCUAUCUGGAAUAAUGUCCUUGACCGCAUUCUAUCGGAGGUUGAUCUAACUGAAAUAAAGGGCGUCGAGUGCUUCCGUUUGGGGAAGAAUGAAGAUCCGAAGGAGAACCCUCCGACUGUUAUCCUGACAGUUGCAAGGGGGUCAACUAAAGACUGGAGACCUGUUCGUGAGCAGAUCAUCGACAUACUCAAUAGUUUCCAGCUUGCCUCCGUUGGUGUUAGUAUUGGACCAGGAGAUAUCAGUUCACGACCCUCAAAUUCUGGCCGUAGUAAUAACAGAGCUAACACCUGUGAGCCCUGUGACCUUGGCACAGUUAACUACCUAGAGGAAAUUGAAAUGAAAUGUGCUGUACGGACUCACAUUGAGUUAUGCAAUGAACACGGGAUCACUCCACGAGCCUUUUACGAAUUUCAGGUCCUUCCUACAUACAACGAAUUCCAGAAGGCAAUCGUAGAGAAGAUCGAGGCUCUUUUCGAAAGAGCCAUGGGCAGCACCAUCGGUGGUGAGGAAUCGAGGGUUCGAAGUGAGGACGUCGACCGUGACAGCUUUUCAUACCGAAACUGGGCACGAAAGCACCUAUACUGGUACAUGAAAGAUGUUCAACCACUCUUCAAGCAAAGGGCAAAGAAGCUCAAGAAAAAGGGAGGAAGUGAGGGACUCUUGUCUAGGGAAAAGGACUCACUCUCACCAAAAUUCAAUGGACCUUCCGCAAUCUUCUGUUUUGACGAGGCAAGAGAACUUCUGAACAAUCCAACAGAAAUAGAGGAAUCGGAUAUGAUGUUUCUUGCACUCCGCCGAGCAUUAAGGCAACAGACAAAGUCUGCAAAAAACCAAGACGAGAAGGAAUUUUUCGCCGUUCUGCUCGACACAUCGUCGAAAGUCAAUGCUUUUUCACCCCAAAAAGAACUCGAUCCGAGUGCCAAGUGGACAGAGUCUGAUAGGCUCUUUACUCCAAUCUACAAGAUCGACAGCAUGGAUGUCUUUGCGCGGGAUACUGUUGAUGGGGUGCCUAAGGUUGCACUUAAGCCGAUUCUCAAAGACGGAGACUUGAAGUCCCUUUUCAGUCUCGGAAGACCGCUUUGGGGCGCUAUGGCUGAAAGGAUGGAAAUCAACGACUUGGUCGAUUUUGCUCUGUCCAAAGCCUAUGGAGGCAUACCGGGUGGUGAUACCAUUGAUGAUGUUGUUGGGCUGGCACUGCUUUCUUACCGGCUGUUUUUCUACGUAGUCUCACCCUGGCUGGCAGAAAAGCUCUCAUCUGGAUAUCUGAGAUAUAUCCAUGGCAUCAGCGACGAUUGGAAGUUGCUACGGACCGUACAACCUUCGGAACCGAUCCUCGCCCACAUAUCGUCCUGUGAAACCAAAUCCCCACUCAAGCGGCAGAGGCUCAUAGAAGCCCUCUACAGCAACAUCAUGCAAGGAACGAUUCACCUCGGGGACAUUGGUGAAAUGGUGGCCUGUUUAGUUUUCUUGUUCACCUUCGACAAGGCGGCCACCACGGAUUUACCAGGACCGAUCAAGUUUUCGACAUUCUUUGAGUCCCUGGUCUCCCAUGAUGUCUUUGCCGACUUCAAGAUCCGAAUGGAGGACGAUUCAAAUAUGAAGACUAUUCUAGACGAUGGUCACAUUUUCUUCAAUCAUUUUAUCAGAGCUACAGAGGAGAUUACUCCAGAGACUCUGACCUUGGUGAAGAACAGGGCGAACAGCAGCAUCACCGAUGGCCUGAAGAACGAGGCACUCUCAGCACUGGAUACAGCCGCCAGCAAUCUGGGGAUCUCCGGGCCAUUUGUGGGCAUGUUGAUGUCUCUCCGCGGAAAGCAGGGCAAAGAGACGAUCGAAACAAUAUAUCCCCCUCUUCUCCCUGAAAUGAAGACCAGGCAGACCGAAAAGCAGAUGGAGACGGAUGUGUCGGGCUCGAAAAGUGGAUCCAAGUACAACUGGACUUCCAAACCUUCGAGAGUCAUUCUGGUUUCAAUUGGGAUGAAUUCCGAUGUCUUCCCCGGGCUGCAGUUCAAUGAUUCUGCAAGUGGCGUCCCGCAGGCCGAAAAAAAGAAUCCUGGACCUGUUAACCAGUCUUCUGGACUGCACGUCUGA